UAAAAACAGGAAUUGAAAAUCCGAUGUGGGACAAACAUGGCUGCUUCCAUGGUCCGGUGGCUGAGGGGCUUGUAUAUUUUUUUUCUGACCUGUCUUUUUACCGUCUCUGCGUUUUUGAAUUUGGACGAACUAAAUGAGAUGAAAUAUGGAAUCCAGAUUCUCCCAGAUCCUGUCAUCAUGGGACAGGCCAAGUCUGAGAACGUGAUGCUGGUCUCCAACAAGUACAAACAGCUGUAUGAGUGCCGGCUCCCGGCCCAGGCCGUGCGUUUCCACCAGGACCCAGCGGCCGAGCCUGACCCCCAGGGCUACUCUGGCCCCGGGAUCUCCGAGCUGCUGAAGCCCAUGUACAGCGCCCCCUGCCUGGUUAAGACCAAAGAUUGGUGGACGUAUGAGUUCUGCUACGGACAGCACAUUCGACAGUAUCACUUGGAUGAUUCAGAAAUCAAAGGAGACGUGCUGUUCCUGGGUUAUUAUGAGUCGGAGUUUGACUGGAAUAAUGAAACUGCAAAGGCGUCAAAGCAGCACAGGCUGAAGCGUUACCACAGCCAGUCGUACGUGAACGGAUCCAAGUGCGACCUCAAUGGGAAGCCCAGGGAGACCGAAGUCCGGUUCCUGUGUGAGGAAGGUUCCGGAGACUACGUGGCGCGCGUGGACGAGCCGCAGUCCUGCCGCUACGUGCUGACGGUCCACACCACGCGCACCUGCCACCACCCCUUCCUGCGCCCGCCGUCCACCACCAAGCCCCACGGCAUCGUGUGCCAGCCCGCCCUCAGCCCCCAGCAGUACAUGGACUACGUCAAGGCCCAAGUCUCUGACACCAAGCGCAAAGUGGAGCAGAUAUCAGAGGAGCUUAAGAACCUGGACGAGAUUCUGGCCAAGGACGAGGUCGCGGAUAGCAGAACAGGCGAAAAGACAGCAGAGGAGGAUGCUGCAGUGCCCUCUGUUGGCCAGGAGGACACGGAUAAAGGAGCGGACGACGCGUCGCCGGAAGACGUCUCCGUGGAGGACGCGGAGGACGAGGAGUUCUGGGAGAAGGCGGCGAAGCCGGACGGCAAGACUCCCAAGGACACUGAGGAGGCGCAGAAGAUUGACGGAGAUACAGCAGAAACUCAACUCGGAGAUAAAGCAGAAUUCAGAGAAGGAAAAUUCAAUUUUAAGAUUGUCACAGACUCGUCGGACCUAAUGAAAUUCGUCAAGCACCUGAAAGAGAACAAUAGAAAGGUGGCCUCUGCCGACCGGAGAGAGAGGGGAGAGGGCGGGGCUGAGGGCGGGGCCGAGGGCAGGCAGGAGGAGGGCAAAGACAACGCAGAGGAAGGGGAGGACGAAGACGAGCGCCUGCUGCAGGAGUUCGAGGAGGAGAUUGCCGACCUCUCCGUGCCCUCGGCCAAGAUCGAUGCCAUCAAGGAGGAGAUGCAGAAAGAAUUUGACAACAUCAUAGACGAGGCCCAGCAGGAGCUGGAGACGGAGGGCCUGAAAGGUGAGUUUGACCGUGGCCAGGCCACGCAGACGCUGGAGACCACACUGGACAAGCUGCUCGACCGCCUGGAAGACAAGGAGGUGCUGGAACCCGGGCCCGAGGGUGAGCUUGGGGCCGCGGACCCCGCCAGGGGCAGCCCGAGCCUCGCCCCCCGCCAGCCAGACCAAGCCCCUGACGACCAUGUUAAAAUCAAAGUUACUAAGUAUAAGCCGGGCGGCAGCCCCGAUCGGCAGUUGAAGGUGCAGGAAAUGAGUGAACGGGACCCCCAAAUGCAGCACAUUAAGGACGUGGUUAAAGAGCAGCUAGAACGUGCGGGCCUGAAAACGGAAGGUAAAAUUGAGGUGAAGAUCCUGACACGCCGGUCGGCCGAGGAGGCGGGGGACCAGUGGUUGACAGAGGAAGACACCAAGUCUUUUAGAGAACUGCUAAUAAACCUGCUGACUGGGGGGACAGAGGAGGUGUACAAGGAGCAGAAGCGGCAGCAGGAACUGGAGAACAACUACAGGUUUGUGUGGGGAGAGAAGCAGGAGGAGGCUCAGUCCACCGGGACCUCGGACUCUGAUGAUGUGGACUUCUGAGGAAGACGACACCAAGCACCAUGGAACACCUGGGAGGGGGGAGGGGAGUGGUCACUCUCGCCGUGUCACAGAUCAGAACGAUGGCAACGUGCAGCGUCCAUGGCCAUUAAAGAGUAGCUACGGGGGUAACCAGCAUCCACAAAUGCCCCCCUCCUCCAGGUGACCUACUUCACAUAGCACAUAGAGCAUCGGCCAGUACGGCCGCGUCUCUUCUUCCAUCUUUGGUGAUCGACAACUACCCGGCAGACCAAACCGUCAAAGCACACAGGGUUGUGGGAAGUCGAAGGGGUUGGAAAACAUAAUUUUGAAACGGAUGACGGGGAAACCACCGUGAGUUGGACUGGAACACCUGGACCUUCAAACAAUCCGUAUUCCCAGUACGUGGACUUAAGGAAUUAGACCUUGUUCUUUUGACUUUGCUUAAGAAUGAUAUAAUACUCGUGGCCCGUCCACGACUGUAGUGACUGCUUGAGUCCCCUUUUCUCACUUUCAUACCGUAAAAUUUUCAGUGUAUUUUUUUUUUUUUUUUUACAGUAAAAGCUUCUUCUGGUACUUUUCAUAGGUUGGCUGCUUGUACCUUGGCUCUCACAAAACUCAUCUGUGCUCUCUUGCCAAUAUAAAAUUUGAUAAAAACGAGUUUAUUUAAAAUGUGUGUAUUGCCAACACUGUGAUCAUCAUUCCCCUCAGCAUUGUAACAAUUUAGGGAUAUUUUGUAAGCUUAUACCAAUGAGGGGCUUAUAGUACGUAGUUUAUAGCCACUUCAUGAUUGGCGAGGAGCAGGUCUUCCAUCAAAUCAAAACUGAAACAUUUCAUGUAGACAUCAGUGUUUAAAAGCUGUAUGGUGGUGUGAAGCGUAGGUCUGUCUGCUAGUACAUCUUUGUUAAUAAUUUUGAAAAUUUUGAAUGAAUGCUCUGUAAAUAUACAUGCUGGGAUUAUGAACAGUAGAUUCUAUUUCCUCAAACAUUUAUAGCACUUUAAAUGUAAUCUCCUAAUGACAAACUUUGUAAACGUGUGCUGGAUGCAAAAGUGCAAAACUGAGCAAUUUAAAUGUCCGAUUUGGAGGAGUGGGAGGAAUACAGGACAGAGGCGAUUGAAACCAAAGUAUUUGGAGAACAGUUUCCAUCUGAGACUUUUGGCUCUAAACACUUGAUGCAAGUUCACAUUUAGGCGAUUUCAUGUUUUCCUCAAAGGGGGUCAAGCUAAAGCAGGGCGGAACACCCAGAUCUUGAGCAGGGGUGCAUUAAAAACUCAAACUGAUAAACUGUGGACUCAAUUUCCCAUCAGCCACUUUGUGAAAAGUUAUUUGGCUAAAUAAAGUACAUUUUUUUGAACAGCACAGCUUCUAGCUACCUUUCAAUUGAAUUGGUGUAUAUAAAAUUCCACUUACAAAACCUGAAGCUUAAAAUUGUGUGUUGAAUGUAUGAGAAAGGAAUCCUUAAUUUAUUAAAACUGAUUUCAUAAAUGCCCUCUAGCCUGAGCAUCUGGCAUCUGUCCAUUUUGAGUUGACGUAACAAUUUUGUCUACAUGUGAUUCACAUGGAGCUAUAAACCACUGAUUUGAACCCCCAACCCCCCCAAAUUUCUGCUGAAGGAGAUAUACCUGUAAGACAUGAAAACCUUUGUCCACCAUCCACUACCAGCAAACAAGGUUUUAAACAAAGGUUGCUUCAAGUAUAUAUUUGAUUUAAUUUUUUUAAUUCAUAUGAAUACUUCUUUGUUUGUAGUUUUUUCCUCAAGUCUGAUCAGAUAAGUGACAAAGGGCUUUUUGUGUAAACUUUGUGAAUAAUUGUACUUCCUUAAAUACUGUAAAUAAUUUUGCUUGCCCUGGGGUGUUUGGUGGGUGUUGGAAUUUCUGUCAGCAUAGUUCAUUGUGGGGCCAUCGGUUAGCUUGUUAUUAAAACAACUCUAAUCCA